AUGACCUCAUCUCCGUCAUGCAAGGUUUAUAUAUUGGGGCCCUCACUCCAUUCCAUUGAUCGAUCCAUCUCCUAUCCAUCUACAAAGAUCACCAAACAAACCGAGUCAACCAGUCAUAAAGCACAGUUCAAACAACUCAAUAACAAAAUGCCUACUGGAAAGCCAAACCCAUCUGACGACCCGGAGAGUUUCACCGAGCAUUUCAACCAAAAUGCCGACUACACCCGGGACAAGAGCCAGAACCAGGGCAAGGAGGCGACUGGAAGCCAGAGCGAGCACCGUCAGGGUCUGCGCUCGACCACUAUGAAUCCCACGGCUGAGUCGUUCGGCCAACAGGGGCGUGCUGAAGAGAUCAGCAUUGACAGCACGAAUGCGGGCGUUGACCAUAGCAUUUCGAGUUACCACUUCACUGCCGCUAAUCUGGCGCAUCCGAGUGAUAGGGCUGGGCCUGAGGAAUAA